GGAAUCUCUGGGCACGUCACUUCCGGUAGUGAUUGUGCUGGCAGCUGCGUAGACAUGGCAGCUUUUUCAGAAAUGGGUGUGAUGCCUGAGAUUGCUCAGGCUGUGGAGGAAAUGGAUUGGCUUCUUCCUACGGAUAUUCAAGCAGAAUCUAUCCCACUAAUCUUAGGUGGUGGGGAUGUGCUCAUGGCUGCAGAGACCGGAAGUGGAAAGACAGGGGCUUUUAGCAUCCCUGUUAUCCAGAUUGUGUAUGAAACACUCAAAGAUCACCAGGAAGGGAAAAAAGGAAAAGCUUCUAUUAAAACUGGCAGCACAGUCCUGAAUAAAUGGCAGAUGAACCCAUAUGAUAGAGGUUCAGCCUUUGCUAUUGGGGCUGAUGGCUUCCUUUGCCAAAGCAGAGAAAUAAAAGAAUGGCACGGCUGCAGAUCCACACGAGGUGUUAAUAAAGGAAAGUACUACUAUGAAGUACAUUGUCACGAUCAGGGCUUAUGCCGGGUUGGAUGGUCUGUGUCACAAGCUUCUUUAGACCUUGGAACGGACAAGUUUGGCUUCGGUUUUGGUGGGACUGGGAAAAAGUCUCAUAACAAGCAGUUUGACAAUUAUGGAGAGGAGUUUACAAUGCAUGACACUAUUGGCUGCUUCUUGGAUCUGGACAAUAACCAAGUAAAGUUUUCAAAAAAUGGUAAGGACCUUGGUCUUGCAUUUGAAAUUCCUUCACAUCUAAAGAAUCAGGCUUUUUUUGCAUCCUGCGUGUUAAAGAAUGCUGAACUUAAAUUCAACUUCGGGGACGAGGACUUUAAAUUCCCACCGAAAGAUGGCUUUGUUGCUCUUUGCAAAGCUGCUGAUGGUCAUGUGGUGAAAUCUCCAAACUCUGGAAGUGCACAGGUGUCCCAAGCAAAGAAUUUGCCUAAUGCACCAAAGGCUCUUAUUAUUGAACCAUCACGAGAACUGGCAGAGCAAACACUGAACAAUGUCAAACAGUUUAAGAAAUAUGUGGACAAUCCCAAGUUGAGGGAACUCUUGAUUAUUGGUGGAGUUGCAGCAAAGGAACAACUGUCUCUUCUUGAGAGUGGUGUUGAUAUAGUGGUGGGGACUCCCGGCAGAAUAGACGACCUUGUUUCAACUGGAAAACUUGUUCUGUCUCAAGUUAGAUUCCUGGUGCUGGAUGAAGCUGACGGCCUUCUCUCUCAAGGUUAUUUAGAUUUCAUCAACAGAAUUCAUGGGCAGAUUCCUCAGAUCACAUCAGAUGGAAAGAGGCUGCAGGUGAUUGUAUGUUCAGCCACACUGCAUUCCUUCGAUGUAAAGAAACUGUCCGAGAAAAUCAUGCAUUUCCCUACCUGGGUGGAUCUUAAAGGAGAGGACUCUGUCCCUGAAACAGUGCAUCAUGUCGUCCUCGUUGUCAACCCAAAGAAAGACAAACUCUGGGAACGACUGGGCAAGAGCCAUGUCCGGACUGACGGCGUUCAUGAUAAAGACAACACUAGACCUGGAGCAAAUUCUGCAGAAAUGUGGUCUGAAGCAAUAAAAGUGCUAAAAGGCGAAUAUACUAUCCGUGCGAUCAAGGAGCAUAAAAUGGACCAGGCCAUCAUAUUCUGCCGCACCAAGCUGGACUGUGAUAACAUGGAGCAGUACUUCAUACAGCAGGGAGGAGGUCCUGAUAGGAAGGGACAUCAGUUUUCAUGCGUGUGCCUCCACAGUGACAGAAAACCUCAGGAAAGAAAGACAAACCUGGAACGAUUUAAGAAAGCUGAAGUUCGAUUCCUGAUCUGCACAGAUGUGGCUGCCAGGGGUAUUGAUAUCCGUGGAGUCCCCUAUGUUAUCAACGUUACACUCCCAGACGAAAAACAGAACUACGUCCAUCGCAUUGGCAGAGUAGGGAGAGCUGAAAGAAUGGGUCUGGCUGUUUCACUGGUGGCAGCCGAGAAAGAGAAGGUUUGGUAUCAUGUGUGCAGCAGCCGGGGGAAAGGCUGUUACAACACAAGGCUGAAAGAAGACGGAGGUUGUACUAUAUGGUACAAUGAGAUGCAGCUGCUGUCUGAAAUAGAGGAGCACCUGACUUGCACCAUAUCCCAAGUGGAACCUGAUCUCAAAGUUCCUGUGGAUGAAUUUGAUGGAAAGGUUGUGUAUGGAAAGCGAAGGGCUACAGGGGGUGGACUCUAUAAAGGUCAUGUGGAUAUUUUGGCACCUACUGUACAGGAGUUGGCCUCUUUGGAAAAAGAGGCUCAGACAUCGUUUCUGCAUUUAGGGUAUUUACCUAACCAGCUGUUCAGAACCUUCUAAAGCUAAUGUGAACUGCUAGAGAACCGCUCAGAAAUCAAGCCCUAAUCUCUGAAAGAAGAUACCAAAGUACCAACUGAAACCCAGGCCAUAGAUCAAGAACAUCUAACCGUUCCUUGUCCAGACAGAGGAGAACGUUUCCUAGAAUCCUCUGCCUGCAGUAGGAUGAUCAAAGUCUGACAUCCACGUUGUAGAAAAAUAAUUUCACAAAUAGGUACUUUAGAAGUGUGCCCAUCAAUUCAUGUGUUUGUUUAUUAUUUAAACUGCUAAAUGUAGUAAAUACAUAGUUAUAAACCAACAAGGUAUACUUUCUUUUUCUCCUGUUUGAUUUCUGCAUUAUAUGAAUACAACAAUAAAUGAAUGGAGCAAAAGU